AUGAAGGGGGGAGAGGCGCCGGCGCCGGCGGCGACGGUGGUGGUGGGGGAGGAGCACUGCGAGGCGGAGGACAGGGAGCUGACGGUGCGCAAGACCACGCUCUUCUCCCCGGGGGACGGGCUGGAGGCCUACGACCACCGCACGGGCGCGCUGGCCUUCCGCCUCGAGACGUACGGCCGGGGAGGCGCCUGCGGCGGGGGCGCGGCGGCGGGGGACCUGGCGCUGCUGGGCGCCGCGGGGGACCCCGUGCUCACCGUCCGCAGGCGCCGCCCCAGCCUGCACCACCGCUGGGACGGCUUCCUGGGCGACGGGGGGGCCGCGGGCGGCGCCAAGCCGCUCUUCUCCGCGCGCCGCUCCUCCAUCCUCGGCGCCGGGGCCGGGGUCCUCGUCGACCUCCUCGCCCCCGCCCACUCCCCCGCCGCCAAGGAGUUCCGCGUCGACGGGUCCUUCCCCAGGCGGUGCUGCCGCGUGGUGGCGGUGGCCUCCUCGGGCGGCGCGGGCGAGGUGGAGGAGGGGGAGGACCAGGAGACGGUGGUGGCGGAGGUGCGCAGGAAGGUGGACGAGGGCGCGCACGUGGUGCUCGGCCGCGACGUGUUCGUGCUGUGGGUGCGCGCCGGCUUCGACGCCGCCUUCGCCAUGGGGAUCGUGCUCGUGCUCGGCCGCAUCACCGGGGACGAGCUCGACGGCGCCCUCGGCGAGGAGCUGCUCCUCGAGGCCACCUCGCCGGUGUAG